CAAAAGCAACAGAACCAAAAGCGAUGCUUACAUGAUUCCUUGGCACUCUAAAUUCCAAUCACAGCAGGAUCGUCUAACUUUCCUUCUCUCUUACUGAAAACUUCGUUCAAUAAAAAGUCUGAGAGCUAGAUCGCAAAUCCUGAGAAACCCAAAAAACUCAGAAGCAGAAUGGAGAAAAUGGGGUUGAUGAGAUCGCUGUAUCGCUCGAUUUGUCGCAGAUCCCUUGGUUUCUCUACCGCCGCCGCCACUACCACCACCACAACCACCAUCAACCGCCACCAACACCUUCGCCACUUGCAUCUCUCCUCUCCUUCGCUGUCAAUUGUCCCAAAACGUCUCCAAUCUGAUUGCCAGCCUCCUUUUGUCAUGGGUGUUGGGAGUACCCGUUAUUUUAGCGAAGAUGUGGCCCACAUGCCUGACAUAAAAGACACUGAUAUCAGAAAUGCUUUUAAGGACUUAAUAGCAGCAUAUUGGGAUGAGGUCCCACCUGCUGUUGUCUAUGAUGCAAAGAAGGCGUUAUCUAAAAAUACUGAUGACAAAGCUAACCAGGAAAUCUUGGCAAAUGUUUUCCGAGCAGCUGAGGCAGUUGAGGAAUUUUGUGGGAGGCUUGUCUCAUUGAAGAUGGAAAUUGAUGAUGCUGUCGGGUUGAGUGGCGAGAAUGUCAAGCCCAUGCCAGAAGAAUUGGUGAAUGCACUGCAAACUGUCUAUCAACGCUAUGUUACAUAUUUGGAUGCAUUUGGGCCAGAUGAGGGUUAUUUGAAGAAAAAAGUUGAGACUGAACUGGGAACAAAGAUGAUACACUUGAAGAUGAGGUGCAGUGGCCUUGGAUCCGAGUGGGGAAAGGUCACAGUUCUUGGGACUUCUGGACUAGCUGGUUCAUACGUUGAGCAAAGAGCAUAGGUCUGAAAAGGCGGCUAAAACCAUCCUCCUUUCGUGUUUUCCUCCUCUGUCGCAUAAUGUACUGAUGCUGUUACUCUUUUUAGCAUAAAUUCUGUUUGAUGUGAGGUGUCCGCUUCUGCUAGAGCGUUUUGUUGAAUUUACUCGUUGAUCUAAGUUGCUCAUAGCAUUAGAAAAGUUAUGCGAAGGAUUCAGUUUCCUGAGGAUUUAAAUGUUUAUUUGUUUCUUUGGGUUUAUAAUCGCUUGUGUGCCAUUAAAGCUUUUAUCAGUGAAUAAUGUAGUUCAAUUAUAAUAAACAACAAAUCAAGAUGAAAAAGUUAUAAGGAUUUUGUGCGUACAUGUACCUCUUUUUUUUGGGACUCUUGACAGAUUCGCUUUAUAAAUGUG